CCUUAUAUGUAUAUACAUACAGGUCAUCCUCAUCAAACACUGGGCAUCCAGUUGACGCAGUUUAUCUCUAAUUCUUCUGCUUUACGUCGGAGAGAGGACAAUCAAGAUGUCAGAUUAUGUACCUCAGGAAGUCUUGUUUGAAAUUCUCUUGAGGGUGCCAGUGAAAUCGCUCCUACGGUGCCGCUGCGUCUGCAAAUCAUGGUACUCUCUAAUCUCCAACCCAGAUUUCAUCUCUAAUCACACAAAACGUACAGCUCUAUACAGCACCAACACUCACUUAGUCCUUAGGCGUUAUGCUAGCGAUGACCAAGAAGAGACUUUCACACUACAUUAUGAUGAUGAUGAGUUAUUUGGUGACUGUCAAAAGCUGGAUUUUCCAUUUAAAAGCAGUCGGGAUUAUUUCCAUAUUGUUGGUUCAUGUAAUGGUGUAUUGUGUUUGAUUGAUAAUCACACAAAAGGGUUAAAACCAAUAGUUCUGUGGAACAUUUCAAUAGGGUUAUCAGUGACCCUCCCACUUCAGCAGAUUACUUAUCAGUUAUUCCACAAUGAGGUUCUUGGGUUUGGAUUUGAUUCUCAAAAUAAUGACUAUAAGGUUGUGAGAAUUGUCUAUUCAAGAAUGAGUGAUAAGUCUUUAAUUCUUCCCCCGGACGUCGAAAUUUUCGAGCUAAGCAAUGGGGCUUGGAGGAUCAUCAGUCCUAGAUCUGCUCCUAAUUGUGUUCUCACUGACUCAUCCACUGCUUCACUGAAUGGGGCAGUACAUUGGGUUGGAUACUAUAAUUCUAGCGAGGAAGUCGGUAACUCGAAUAGACUGGUGAUUGCACUAUUUGACAUGACUGAGGAGGUAUUUGAAGAGUUGAAUUUGCCUGAUGGAAUAGCGGACGACAUAUUGGAGCAAUUGUCAGUGACUGUGUUUGGUAGAUUGCUUUCUGUGAUACAAUACAAGAGAUGGGUGCGGAAAUUGGGUUACCAUGGUUGCUGCAUUUGGGUGAUGAAUGAGUAUGGUGUAGCAGAAUCUUGGACUAAACUUCUUAAUAUUGAUUUUUGGAGUGGUUUAAGGAAGGUCUUAGGACUCAGAAAUAAUGGAGAAGUUCUGCUUGUGAAAAAUGAUGGAGAGCUGGUCUCACAUGACCCAUGGAGUAAAAGAAGUAGUAAACUAGAAAUUCAUGGUGAAUCAAGCUCUUUCUUUGCUGAUACAUACAUGGAAACUCUUGUAUUGUUAAAGGGUAAGAAAAGACUAUGUAAUUAAACCAACAAAUGUUGUACUAAUGUAUUGGUUUAUAUUGUUCCUAUUCUUCCACUCUCUUAGGCUUCUUCUUCUUCUUGUUCUCAAAAUUUUCCUCCUCACCAGACAAACCUGUUCUUCCCGAUUCAAUUUCACGCGAAGAACCAGCGUGCUCUGAGACCCUAUUAGUACCCUUCAAGAGAGCAAGAGUCUCAAUGUAAGUAUCUAAAUAAAAGUAGG